AUGGACGCCGGAGACCUGGAAGGGAGCUCCACCGAUUUGCAAGAGGCCGCCAAGCUAGCACCUGGGGACAAGCCGGUCAGGUUAGCCCUGAAAAGCUUGCGCAUCAAGCAGAAAGAGGUGGAAGCCGCGCGGCGGAGUCUCUGGGGAGGCGUGUUCAAGAGAGGCGCUGCGAAGACCACGGCCCCGGGGAGACGGCAAGUGGAAGAGGCGGCUGCGCGGGCCAGAGGGGAGCGUCUGCAAGACCCGGGGAGGGGGGGGGGGGGUGACCGGCGAGGGGGCGUCGGGGGGGACAGAUUGUUGUACGCUUCGAUCGCGGUUGGGUUGGUCGCGUUUGCUGUUGCGGGCUUCGCCGCUGCCAAGUACGCGUAG